UUCAUUCGUCGCUAUACUUUUGCACUUUUGCUCGUAUUAUCAUCACUCCCACACCAUAGAGCUAUCAAGCAGCAGGAUCCACGGGAAAGCACUCUGCAAUGUCUCUCCAGCCACAGAUAUCCACCUACCACACCUCCAUUCCGUCGCCUAUCCCUUCCUCGCCUUCAUUCAACUUCCAUCUCACCCGCAUGGUCAACACCCUUAUGAUAUGGGUCGGCACUGGACUGCCUACAGAUACCGCGGGGAACGUUGCAGGCGGUGUGGCAUCUAUGGGGAGCGUUGAACAGGUGGAUAACAAGUUGGCCGGGGACUGGUCUGUUGCUAUGCCUUCCAGAGGGAAUAUACCAGUGACUGCGACGCCGCUGUUCAGGUCUGGCUCAACGGAUAUCGCUCUGCCAAUGUCUCAACGACUAGCCAAGAAAUUCCCGUCGAACCAAAUACAUCUCUCCCUUUCGCUCCCACCCUCACUGACCAACCAAACGGGACAGUCUAUAGAUCCUUAUGCCAGCAAGAUGAUGUUGGUGAUGGAAAAGAAGCUCGGCAAAUGGAUUGAGGAGAUAUUGUUACAGGAAAAGGCGUGAGGAGCGAGGACGGUCAAACGGGAGAAACGGUCAGAAGGUAGACGGGAUUGUGUAUUUGUAAUGCAUAGAUUUUGCUGUUCUCUG